AUGGGGACGCGGCUGGUGGCUCCCGGCCUCCUGCUCCUCCUGGCCGGCUCCGCGGGGCUCUGCCGGGCUUUCAUCUCUCUCCCGCUCCGUGUGUCCCACCCGGCUGCCCUCGGCGGGUCGCCGCCCGCCCCGGUGGUGUUGCGUCCGGGGAGCGUCAGCCGGCAGCAAGAAUCCCUCGGUGCCGCGGACGGCUUGGCCUUAGCUUCGGAUCCGGCGGGCGCCCUCAACUUUUUAGCCAUGGUGGAGAAUCUGCAAGGAGACUCCGGCCGCGGCUACUACCUGGAGAUGCUGAUCGGGACCCCGCCGCAGGCGUUAAAUAUUCUGGUUGACACUGGGAGCAGUAAUUUUGCUGUAGCAGGUGUGCCUGAUCCUGAUGUCACCUCCUACUUCAAUACUGAGCUGUCAAGUACAUACAAAUCUCAAGGGAUUGAUGUCACAGUUAAGUAUAGUCAAGGAAGCUGGACUGGAGUGCUGGGUACAGAUGUCAUUACUAUCCCAAAAGGAAUCGAUGGCAGCUACACAGUCAACAUUGCUACCAUUCUUGAAUCAGAGAAUUUCUUCUUACAAGGGGUUAAAUGGCACGGUAUUCUUGGUCUUGCCUACAAUGCCUUAGCCAAGCCUUCAAGUUCUGUGGAGACGUUCUUUGAUUCUGUUGUGAGGCAGGCGAAGAUCCCCAACAUUUUCUCCUUGCAGAUGUGUGGUGCUGGACUGCCCGUUUCUGGAAGUGGUACCAACGGAGGUAGUCUUGUUCUAGGUGGAAUUGAACCAACUCUGUACAAGGGUGAUAUUUGGUACACACCAAUCAAAGAGGAGUGGUACUACCAAGUUGAAGUUCUCAAACUGGAAGUUGGAGGACAGAACCUUGAAUUGGACUGCAGAGAGUAUAAUGCAGAUAAAGCGAUAGUAGACAGUGGAACCACGCUCCUCCGUCUGCCCCAGAAAGUCUUCAGUGCUGUUGUGCAAGCAAUAGCUCGCACAUCCCUGAUACAAGAAUUCUCUUCUGAUUUCUGGACUGGUUCACAGCUUGCAUGCUGGGAUAAAACAGAAAGACCCUGGUCCUUUUUUCCCAAACUCUCCAUUUACUUGAGAGAUGAAAACUCCAGUAGGUCAUUUCGGAUCUCUAUCCUACCACAGCUUUACAUUCAACCCAUCCUUGUAAUAGGAGAGAAUUUACAAUGCUACCGAUUCGGCAUCUCUUCCUCCACAAAUGCUCUAGUUAUUGGUGCUACAGUCAUGGAAGGCUUCUAUGUAAUAUUUGACAGAGCUCAGAGGAGAGUGGGCUUUGCAGUGAGUCCGUGUGCAGAAGUUGAUGGCUCUCCAGUAUCUGAGAUUGAAGGCCCUUUCACAACAGCAGAUGUUGCAAGCAACUGCGUUUCUAGCAUUUCUUUCCAUGAACCAGUGUUGUGGAUCGCCUCCUAUGCUCUCAUGAGCCUGUGUGGACUUAUCCUCCUUGUACUGAUCAUCCUGCUGCUUAUUCCACCACGGUGUCAGCAUCGCUACCCUGACAAUGACGUGGUCAAUGAUGAAUCCUCCUUAGUGCGUCAUCGAUGGAAAUGAGAAACUUGAUCAUGAAACGUGGAACUUAAAUGGAAUGAAGAACAAAGUACCUUGCCAAGGGGAAGAAGCCAAUGCCUCGGUCCUUUCUACAUUCAUUACAAAUUGCUGUUGAAAUCCUGCCAAAUAUCCUGCAUCUGUAACUUUUUAAGCUUUAUUUUCUAACACUGAUUGUGAACCAAAGCACUGUUAACCACCUCUUAAGUGCUAUGGUACUGAAUUUCUUACUGAAGUACAAUGAGCCUUUAUGCUCACAACAGUACCUUCUUUUUUUUAAAAAAAGAGAAAAAAAGAAAAAAAAAAGGAAAAAAAAAGAAAAACACACAGUGAUGUUCUUCCAAUGUCUGAAGUAAAUUGUCCAUCCCUCUUUUACAAAAGAGGAGCUGUCAGUAUUUUCUAACUAAUCAAUCCCUGACUGUAGAAAAAGAGAAAAAAAACCCUAAUAACCUUUCUUAUUACUUGCAUUAAAUUAAUAUUGCUUUCUGUUUACAUCAGUUCAUUUUGAAGCUGU